AUGUAUUUUCUGUUACUCCAUGGAAGAAGGUCUCUUGAGUUACAGAAAUGGCGUAAUCUGAGAGUCUCAAUCCGAAAUUCAUUUCCUUUCUCCACCAUUCCCUUCUCUUCUACUGUGAGCCCUACUAAAGAUGGUCGAAAAGGACAGAUUUUCACUUUCUGUUACCUCAUUGAUUCGUUAGGUUUAACUCCAAAACUCGCUGAAUCAAUCUCAAAGAAAGUCAGUUUCGGGGAGAAGAGAAAUCCUGAUUCAGUUCUGAAACUUCUCAGAAGCUAUGGCUUCAGAGAUUCUCAAAUCUCCAGCAUCGUUACGGCUUAUCCACGAUUGCUUGUAGUAGACGCUGAGAAAUCUCUUGCUCCCAAGCUUCAGUUUCUGCAGUCAAUGAAAGGAGCUUCAUUGACUGAAACCGUCUCAAAAGUUCCUAAAAUCUUGGGAACCAAAGGAGGUAAAAGUCUCAGUGUAUACUAUGAUUUCGUCAAAGAGAUAACCAAAGCGGAUAAAGUUUCAAAGUUUGAAACUUUAUGUCAUUCAUUGCCACAGAGUAUGCAGGAGAACAAGAUCAGAAAUGUGUCUGCUUUGAGAGAACUCGGCGUGCCUCAGAGGCUGUUACUUCCAUUGCUCAUCUCCGAUCGGAAACUUGUCUGUGGAGAAGGAAAGUUUAAAGAAUCACUCAAGAAGGUUGUUGAGAUGGGUUUUGAUCCGAGCUCGUCAAAGUUUGUGGAAGCGUUGAGUGCUGUUCAAGGAUUGAGCGAGAAAGCGAUUGAAGAGAAGGUUAAAGUCUAUAAAAGGUUAGGCUUUUCGGUUGGAGAAGUAUGGGAAAUGUUCAAGAAGUGUCCUGUCUCUAUGAGGCUAUCAGAGAAGAAGAUAACUCAAAAGUUUGAAUCUUUGAAGGUUUUUGGAUUGCUUGAAGAAGACGAGAUAGUUUCAGUGUGUAAGAAAUCUCCGGAAUGUGUUUUCGGUGCUUCAGAGGUGAAGAUAAUCAACUCCAUUGCAACAUAUAGAGACCUCGGAUUCAGAAAAGACGAGUUUAAGACGAUGUUGAAGAGCCAUCCUCAGUGCAUUGGGUAUAGUGAAGAGACGGUGAAGAAGAAGACUAAGUUUCUUGUGAAGAAGAAGAACAAGUUUAUGGUGGGGAAGAUGAAAUGGUCAGUAAAGGCUGUGGCUUUGCAUCCUCAGGUGCUUGGAUACAGCAUGGAGAAGAGGAUUGUGCCGAGGUGUAAUGUUAUGAAAGCUCUCAUGUCCAAAGGAUUGCUCGGAGACAGAAAAAGCAAAUUACCUGAAAAAGAAUCUGUCUUGGUGUGUAAUGAUGAAGAGUUUUUGAAGAGGUUUGUGAGGAAUCAUGAUGAUAAGGAGCUUGUGGCUGAGUUAAUGGCUAUCUUCACUAAAGAUCAUGCCUCAUAG